AUGACGAGUAGAGAAGAAAUAUUAGCUCAAGUAGAGAAAGCGUUCCAAGUGACAGAGGAGCAGCUCAACCACUUGAUGGUUGGAAUCAAUGAAGAAAUGAAGGCAGGUUUAAAUAUUGACAGGUCGAUUGGCGAUUAUAAGAGAAGUGAAUUAAAGAUGAUUCCUUCCUAUGUCAUUGGUUAUCCUACUGGUUAUGAAAAGGGGACUUAUUUGGCACUAGAAAUAAGUGGAGUCGACAUAUAUGUCUGUCAAGUGAAACUAAAGGGCGAAGGUGGAAAAUUAGCAAUUAAUCAAUAUCAGUACAAAAUCCCGGAUAAUCUGACAGCUGGGCAGGAUAUUGGCGACCUGAUUGAUUAUGUUGCUGACUGUGUAGCCGAUUUUCAACAGAGAGUAGGUGCUCCUAGGCAUCAGGUUUAUUCAAUGGCCAUCAGUUUAGGAUUUGCCGUAUUACAGACUGGUCUUGAUCGCGGCAUAAUCAUUGCCUUAGAACAUGGUUUUGAUUUUCCUAAUGCUAUCGGAUGUGAUGCUGUAGAUCUAUUUGAUAGGCGAUUCCAGGCAAAGGGAUUGGCAGUCAAGAUUGUUGCUAUGGCAAAUGAUGGAGUGUGUACACUAUUGGCUCAUGCCUAUCAGCAUCCAACGACACGUAUCGGUGUUAUUCACAGUGCAGGCACAAACUGUGCUUAUUACGAUAAAAUGUCCAACAUAAAAGCGUUCGGAGACAAUGAAAAAGAUGACAUGAUCAUUAAUACAGAAUGGUGCAACUUUGGUGCAAAGCAUUUACCCAUCACAGAAUUUGACAAGCUCUUGGACACGCAAUCGAAUAACCCAGGUAUCCACAACUUUGAAAAGAUGACGACAGGCAUGUAUCUGGGUGAAAUCGUUCGUCAGGUGAUCUUGUACUUGAUGGAUCAAAAAGUGUUAUCGUUUGAUUUAAGUUCAGAGGAUGAUGAAGACGAAGAAGGUUGCUUGUUAUCUAUACCCUAUCAAUUUGAUACAAGCUAUAUGUACGUGUGUGAAAUAGAUAAAGACGAUCUGGAAGAUACAAGAGUUGUCCUGGAGGAAAUGUGCCGCAUAGGAGAGACAACGCUAAGGGAUAGAGCAAUUGUGAAAAAGGUGUGUGAGUGGGUUGGUCAUCGUGCGGCCCUAUUGCUUGGUGCGGGGAUUGCAAGCGUGGUAAAAUAUACAGUAGAACAAGGUAUCGGAUUGGAUCAAGAAAAGGGUCUUGCUAUUGCCAUCAGUGGAGAUGUCUACAAGGAUUACCCAUUGUUUCAUCCUCGUGUUUGUGAGGCAAUCAAAAACUUGAUUCCAGAAAAUAUUGCAUCCAAACUGUCAGUUGGUGUCGUACAACAUUCACGUAUUGUAGGAGCAGCCAUUGUGGCAAUGAUGGCAGAAAAAAUGGAUCAAAGAGACACGGUCAUGACUACAUAA